AUGAAUUGCCUCAGUUGGAACUGCCGUGGUUUGGGGCAAUCACGGGCAGUUCUUGAACUCACCGACUUGGUGAAAAAAUACGCUCCAUCAAUUCUCUUUCUGAUGGAAACAAGAUCUAAAGAUCACUAUCUUAAAAAUCUCUGUUCAAAGCUACACUUGGAGAAUGUUUUUAUUGAGUCUCGGAUUAACACAGGAGGAGGAUUGGCACUCUACUGGAAAGAAGGGAUUGAUCUUAAAGUUCUGGACUCAACACCAACUUACAUUGAUGCAGUAGUUAACCCAGGAAUGGAUGACGCCUGGCGGUUUACGGGUUUCUAUGGGAAUCCAAUAACAGCCAACCGGGAACAUUCUUGGGCACUACUUAAACACCUUUGUCUAAAAAUGGAUCUACCAUGGAUAUGUGUAGGGGAUUUUAACGAGAUCACUAAAGCAGAAGAAAAGAAGGGUGGUGCUCACAGACCAGAAAGCCAGAUGAAAGCAUUUAGAGAUGCUUUGGAUUUUUGUGGAUUCCGUGAUUUGGGGUUCGUUGGUUUACCAUUCACUUGGUGCAAUAACCAAUUUGAUGGAGAAGUAACAUGGAUUCGUUUGGAUAGAGGGGUUGCAACGCCGUCAUGGUCACAAUUGUUCCCUACAGUUCGUGUUCAUCACAUUCCAGGUACAUUAUCUGACCAUUGUCCCUUAUGGUUAUGCUCUGACGAUGAAAAUGUUAGAUUUUACAAGAAAUCCAGGCCUUUUCGUUUUGAGGCGGUGUGGCUAAAAGAUGAAAGAUGUGAAGGGGUUAUCAAAAAUGCAUGGAGUAACAGAACUUUGGGAGAACCAGUUGACAAACUAAUCCGAAAGGUAGAGGCCUGCAGAUCAAGUUUGCAAACAUGGAGUAGAACCUCUUUUGGCAAUAUCCGUAGAUUGCUAAUCCAAAAAAAGAAGCAACUAGCACAUGCUGAAGCUAUGUCUAUGGCCGGGGAUCAUCAUGACCAGAUUCGUGUUCUUAGAAGUGAAGUGUAUGAACUCAUGGUGAAAGAAGAAUGCCUGUGGCACCAGAGAUCAAGGGUUGAUUGGUUGAAGAGUGGUGACAUGAACACAAGUUAUUUCCAUAGCCGAGCAACACAAAGGAACAAGAGGAAUUUUAUUUCCAAAUUGAUCCUGAAUGAUGGAUCGGUGGUGACAGGUGAAAAACAAAUUGGUGAGGCGAUGGUAGAAUAUUUCAAACAGAUUUUUGCUUCCACCAUGCCGUCGAACUUUGAUCAGAUUCUCCAAGGCAUUGAUACAAAGGUCACUCCAGCCAUGAAUGCAGACCUCACAAGAGAAUUUACCGCAGAUGAAGUUGAGUUUGCUUUGAAACAAAUGAAGCCCCUAACCGCCCCAGGCCCGGAUGGUAUGUCCCCCAUUUUCUACAAGUCUUGUUGGAAUUUUAUUGGUCAUGAUGUCAUUGAUGCUUCUCUAGCAAUACUUAAUUCGGGUAACAUGCCUGCUAGUCUUAAUCAUACUUUCAUAUCACUCAUUCCAAAAAUAAAAUCUCCAGAAAAAGCCACUGAUUUUAGGCCAAUAAGUCUUUGCAAUGUACUAUAUAAAAUUGUCUCUAAAACCAUAGCCAAUCGCUUAAAGAAACUUCUCCCCAAAUUGGUGUCAGAAUCCCAAAGUGCAUUCAUGUCAGAUAGACUUAUAUCCGACAACAUCCUUGUAGCCUUUGAAACCCUCCACCACCUUAAGACAAAAACAAAAGGGAAAACCGGAUUCAUGGCCAUUAAGCUUGAUAUGAGCAAAGCAUAUGACAGAGUGGAAUGGGCAUUCCUAGAAAAAGUAAUGGAAAAAUUGGGCUUUGAUAAUAGGUGGAUCACACUUGUUAGUUCCUGCAUUCGAUCUGUCUCCUUCUCUGUGUUGGUUAAUGGUGAACCCCAUGGUAAUUUCACUCCAAAUAGGGGACUCCGCCAAGGAGAUCCACUGUCACCUUAUUUGUUUCUCUUGUGUGCAGAAGGGUUACAUUCACUUAUCCAACAAGUUGAAAUUUCAGGAUCAAUCAAAGGAGUCUCCCUUUGUAGCACGGUUCCAAAAGUUUCACACUUGUUCUUUGCCGAUGAUAGCUUGCUCUUUUGUAGGGCAAAUUCACAAGAGGUUAGUUCUAUCAUGGAGAUUUUGAAGCAGUAUGAAGAAGCAUCGGGGCAACAAAUAAACCGAGAAAAAACUCAACUCUUCUUUAGCCCUAAUACGGAUCCACAUGUGCAAGAGGAAAUCAAGACUUUGCUAGGAGUGGCAGCCACUACUAAUUAUGAAAAAUAUCUCGGUUUACCCUCUUUUGUGGGGAGAGGAAAAAAACAAAGUUUUGCCUACAUUAGGGAGAGGGUUUGGCAGAAGAUGCAAGGGUGGAAAGAAAGAUUACUAUCACAAGGCGGGAGAGAAGUGUUAAUAAAAGCGGUCCUUCAAGCUAUGCCCACUUUCACCAUGGGAUGCUUCAAACUCCCAAAAAGUCUUUGCAAGGAUAUUGAAUCUCUAAUUCGGAAAUUUUGGUGGGGCUAUAAGGGGGAAGCACGAAAAAUUCAUUGGGUGGGAUGGAAAAAAUUAUGCAAGUCAAAGAGUCGCGGAGGGUUGGGAUUCAAGGAUAUUGAACUCUUCAAUAUUGCUAUGCUAGGCAAGCAAGUUUGGAGAUUGAUCCAUAACAAAGACUCCCUAUUCUACAAGGUAUUUAAAGCCAAAUAUUUCCCCAAUUGUUCAAUUUUGGAUGAGGGGGUUAAGGAGAAUGGUUCAUAUGCUUGGCAAAGCAUUCUAAAAGCACGAGGGGUGGUGAGGAUGGGGUCAAAAUGGAGAAUUGGAGAUGGACAUUCUGUCAGGAUCCGUGGAGACAAGUGGUUACCUGAUUUGUUCUCUAGCCGUGUGGUGUCUCCACAGAAAAAUUUCCCAAACAACACUCGAGUAUGUGCUCUUAUUGAUGAGGAAAAUAGAUGCUGGAUGGAGGAUCGAAUUCGUGAGGAAUUUCUGCCACAUGAAGCUGAAGCAAUCCUUAGCUUACCUUUAAGUUUCAACGGCAAAGAGGACAGGUUGAUAUGGGCUGAAACGGCGAAUGGUUAUUACACCACCAAAUCAGCAUAUCGAUUACUAUUACAGGCAGCAGAGGCAGCGACUCCCAGCUCUUCAAAUUCAGCGGCUGAGAAGCCUUUCUGGCAGGAGCUUUGGUCAUUGAAUGUGCCAAACAAAAUACGUCACUUCUUGUGGCGCGCGGCUAACGACUCCCUUCCAAUAAAAAGGAAUCUGCAGAAGAGGAAUAUCAUCCAAGACACAAUUUGUGAGCGUUGUGGAGAUGGAAUUGAAGAUGGAAUCCAUGCAUUAUGGGGCUGCCAAAUGAUCAAACAAGUUUGGUGGGAAUUGGAAAAGUGCAAGGAUUUUUUGAAUGAAAAUUUCGCUAGUUUCCAUGACUUGCUGCAAGGAAUCCUUGCCCAGAAAAAUCCAAACGUGGCUGAGCUAUUUGGCUUUAUCGGGUGGAGUAUUUGGCAUGAUCGAAAUGCAAGGAGGUUGGGCUCACAUUCUUUGCCAAUUGAGAAGAUAUACAGAGAUGCAGUGGAGCGCUUAAGGGAGUUUCAUUCAGUCCGAGAAGAGCAGAGAACUCAGUUAACGGUGCACCAUCCAACUCACUGGCUGCCAUCGUCCCCCUCAGUGUACAAGGUAAAUUUUGAUGGUGCCACUUUUCCGGACAUCGUCGCUGCAGGUUUGGGUGUGGUUGUGCGUGAUUCAGAGGGCUUGGUCAUUGCCGCGCUAUCGGAACGAAUCCACUUGCCUCCAACUGUGACAGCUUUGGAAGCGUUGGCUUGCAGGAGGUCCAUCGUAUUUGCAGGUGAACUCGGACUGCAGGAUGUGGUUUUUGAAGGUGAUUCAGAGGUUAUCUUCAAACUCCUCACAGCAGAGCAACCUUGCAUGUCAGCAUUUGGACACAUCAUUGAAGAAUCACGCUCCCUAUCAUCAUCAUUCAGGUCAGCUACCUUUACUCACACCAAGCGCCAGGGUAACAACGUUGCAGACAAACUCGCUAAGCUAGCGAAAAAUUUGUAUGAACCACAAGUAUGGUUAGAGGAAAUUCAUUGUAAUGUAACAGAGCUUGUAUCUGCAGACAGGAUUUUCAUGCAUGAUUAA